AUGUCCCGACCACUUGAAAUUGUUGCUAUCGUACAGCCAAAGCCCGGAAAAGUAGAAAGAGUCCAAGAGCUUCUGACUGAAGCGGCAAAAAUCGUAAAGGAAACUGAACCAGGAGUCCUUCGAUACCACCUCCACCGCGAAAUCAAAGGCACAACACCGAGAUUCGUCAUGCUGGAGAAAUACGAAAACCAAGCCGCACUAGACACUCACGUAAAAAGUGACAUUGGCGUUCGAUUAGGCAAGACGUUUAAAGAGGAAGAUUUGGUCGAGAGCCCGAUGAAGGUUAUUUUUGUGAAGAGCGUUGGGGGGUAUGCUAGCAAGUUGUAG